UUAAACGCCUUCGAGCAACGAGGAUUUAGAGCGAACAAGAGCAGCACCAGGAAACAUCAACAUCCCAGUCGCGAUGGCUACCGGACUGGAUCAAGCAGCAGGCAUGAGUCUGAUCGUCUUCAGUCUCAUGCUGAUGACUUAUUAUUCUAUCUGGGUCAUUGUUCUGCCUUUCGUGGACAGCAGUCAUGUGCUUCACAAGUAUUUCCUUCCACGGGAGUACUCGGUCAUUCUGCCUGGCAUUGCAGCCGUAAUACUGCUCCUCUGUAUCGGCGCCUUCACUGCAUUUGUCACAUGGAAGAAUCAAAAGCCAAAGAAGGUUAAUUAAUCACGUGAUCUGAUAUUGUGUGUGACUGUAAAUAUGCAAAAAAGUCAUUCCGGCAUUCUCUUAUUAUUAUUAUUAUUUGGGAAAUAACUUGGGUUGUGGUCAUAUUUGGGGGUUCCACUGUUAAUGUAAAUGUUAUUAAUAAGUUGAAAAAGUACAGGCUACAGACAGUAUUUUUGGAUCCAGUAGAACUCCUCUUGAAGAAUGUCUGACAAUACAAUACUGCUUGUUCUCUUCUUGAUUAAAGAACGUCAUUACUUUUACCCUUUUUAGACAUUUGGUGGCUUGUAUUUGAAUGCUUGUGCAUAAAGUGACACGAUGUAUAUUUACAUACCAACUUGCCAACUUGGCGACUUUCCAAACCCUCUUGGUAACUUAUUUUCUCAAAAGCAACUAGCGACAAAUCUAGCGACUUUUCCUGGUGUCGUUCGAGAGUUUUCUGGUAUUUGCAGACUUAAAAGUGAAUGCACGUAUUGUUCUGCAGCUUCUGUUCUCAUCGAGCAGCAACGGCUGCUGCCGAGAGGUCCGCCCGCCCCGAAGCUGUCACAAGCAGUCAGUGCACAGUCAGCUCCCGUGGCACACUGAGAGCAUAGCGGAGCUUUACACCUGUCCGCAUCCAAAGUGCACGUGAAUCACGCACAUGCGAGGCGCAUAGCAGUGCAGCUUUGGACAUGCGCACCCAGCAGUACAAAAAUAGGUAACCUUUACCAUUUA